UUUUUUUUUUCCUCUUGAUACCUUAUUAGGAUGACUUCUUUAUUAUUAUUACCUUCUGAAAUCAUAGAUUUGAUAUGUAGUUUUUUAUCAAAAAAUGAUUUUCUUACGUGUUUAUGUGUAUCCUCGUCUUGGCAUGACUUCUUUAUUCAUCAUCUUCACAAACACAUUUCUAUUCGUGGAGAUAAACAACUUGAACAAGUAUGUCAAAGUUUACUUCGCCAUGCUCCUCGAUAUCUUGGUCAUUCUGUGCGAACUCUUAGAUUAUCUAUCAAGAAUAUCAAGGACCGUCAUUUAUCUCAAUUGGCUGCCUGGUGCACUCAUAUCGAAACUCUUUUUUUACGAUGGUCUAUUUGGUUUGAAGAAGAAAUCAAAGUAUUACCACUACAAGAAACUGCGGAAGAAAGAGAACUAAAGGAACUACGUUAUACUGAUAUUAUGGCUUCUUUUAUUGGUCCUUUCUUGAACUUAUCUCAACUCACUUUGGACGUUUCUUUUGGUGUACGCGAUAUCAAGAUACCCGACUUUUUACCCUUCCUUCCUCGUCUUACCAUUCUUAUGAUUACUGUUGGUAAUCGUCUCUCUUUUGAUUAUAUAGAACUGAUACAUAAACAAUGUCCUUCUUUACAACGUUUGACUUUACAAGGCCUUUUUAUUGAAAAUAUUCCAGCUAUCACUCCAACAAAACUCUCUUGGUCCGAUAACAACACUUCUUCUACUUCUUCUUCUUCUCCAAUCACUAUUACACCUGCUGAACAUCUCGCUAUUAUCAAAUUGGAAUUUGUUAGUGGUGAUACCGAAUAUUAUUUGGAUUGGAUGAUGUAUUUUGCAAAGAAAUAUCCUAAUCUGAUGUCUUUUGCUUUUCAUCAACAUACAGCCUCUUUAUCGCCAUACUUAGCUUCAGCAACUGGACAACAACUCAAUCAUCCGUUUUAUCAGUAUGUCUUCAGCACUUUAUCUCAACAAUGCCCACAUUUAUCAGCUGCUCACUUGAAAAACAUUCAUAUCAACCCUGAAUUCUUCAAACAGGUUGGCUCAAAAUUAGAUCAUCUUGCUAUUCAUCUACCUGAUACCAGUCCACUUGGCCUUUCAACACAUUCAACCAACACUUCUCCCAAUUUGUAUUACUUUUCAAGUUUAUUUCAACACACGGAAAUGCAGCAACAUUUAUCCUCUCUUCGUUUAUCUCUACCAGUAAAGGAUAAUACCAAUACUCCUCUUUUACCCAAUCAAAUUGUUACUCAACUACAUCACUUUCAUCAUCUUGCCUCUCUUACCAUUCAUUGGAGUCAAUCAUUGGCUUGUUUUCAUCUGGAUUCGCUUUUGUCUUCACUCCCUCAACUGAUGAAUCUUACUCUGGUCUCCAUGAAAGUAGGCCUACUUCAACAACAAGAAUCAACUUUGGACAAACGUCAUCCGUUGCAAUCAUUGACAUUGUGGAGCGUCAUCAUGAUAGAUCCUCAUCAUUUAUUCAACUGGAUCAACUCUUAUGUGGAUUUAUCUCAUCUCAAACUGACACAUUCUUGUCGAUCUAUAUCAUCUUUGGACCACGACAAACAAAUUCCCAACAAUAUCUGGUUACCCGAUACCCGUUUGAAAACAUUUUCAAUUCAUGAACGAUAUCAUCAAUCGAACCCGAUUCGACUAUAUAUGUUACAUCAAACCGCAGUUCGUACAGGAAAACAACAGGAUGAUUACAGGCCUCGAUUUAGUCAUCUAACUGAUCAACAUGACAAUAAAGACGACAAGUUUGCUUGGUAUUUUUUGAAGUACUUUGACAAUGAAACAGCAUCUUCAAGUCAACUGGUGCAAUUGGAUGCAGAUCAAAACUUUGAAUGGGUAGUGCCUUUUUAUCAAGUCAAGAAAAAUUGCCCCUGGUAUGCCGAUUUAUGCGAUAUUGCUGAUGAUGUUUACAAGAAGCACAACCUCGAACAUGACCUGGUGGAUGACAUUGAUGGAAUUGACUAUAUGAAUAUAGUAUGCCGUUCGAUUACAUACUUGAAAAUUAAUGAUGAAAGAAUAUCUUUUUUUAAUUAAUUAGUUAGUUAGUUUAAUCUUUAUUCUUAUUUGAAAUAAACCAUGACACUUUUUUUUU